AUAUGCUGUUUGCUGUCGGUGUCGGGAAGCCUCUCCAAAGACGUACAAUCCGUGGUGACAGCUCCAGUUGCCAGCCUCGUCAUCUUCCAAAUCGCCACUGCUAUGCUGUUGAUUAUCGGAGUUCUUAUCGACACCCAUUACCUGUUGAUACCAUUUCUUCUUAACUCAAUUGUCCACAUCUGCCUAGCCAUAGGUGUUGCUGUCACGGUUCUCGUCUCAGCCAGUGAUAUCGAAGGUCUAGCGGACCACACUAUCGUUAUCGUCUGUGUCAUUGCCCUCGUGCUCUACCUAUGGUUCACGUCUGUCGUUGCAAUGACCAUCGCGUUGAUUCGAGACAAACGGAGAUUAGGCUACGUCCACAACGACGAUUUCGACACAACCCGGCCGUUUGAUCGAAUCAGCAGUUCGGUGAUCUAG